UUAGUAAAACAAAACUGGGAUGAUCUCUAUUUGAGUGAUUCCUGUGGGGAGCUUUUUGAAUUUUACGGCUGCCAAAUGUUAAAUGCAACUGCACGCAGACUUAUCAUGGAUGAAGCACAUUUUAGAAUUUUGCGUCUUGCAGUUUUACGCGCGAGACAUAAAAUUCUUGACGUCGAGUGUCGGAUUCGUUGGCCAGGAAGUGAAAUUCCGAGGUGGUUCAAUCAUAAGAGUGAGGGAUGUUCAAUAUGUAUCAACUUUCCUAAUCCAACAAAUCAGCAGUAUAAAAGCAACUAUUUGGGUCUCGCCUUUUCCAUUGUUGUUUAUUUCGAUGGGUUUCCAGACAAUCCUUAUGGUGACCGGAGUUGGAAGAUUUGUUGUGAUUCAGUUUACACGUUCCCUAACGGUGUUUCGGUGCCCCGAACAGUAUAUCUGGAGUGCAGUCCUUUUUUUAAAUAUUCUGCUUCGUGUUUCAAUGGAUGUUGUGGUCAAGUUGACUCUAGUUGUGAAGAUGGUUGCAUUAUUGAUCAUGUCACAACUUCCGACCACGUUUGCGUGUUUUUCGAUGAGCACUUAAUUACAAAUGGAUCAGUUGCAAGCCUCACUACGGCCUCCUUUUCCUUCAGCACAUCAAAAACACAUCAAGCUUUGAAGGUUAAGAAAUGCGGGGUCCAUCUCCUGCUUACCGAAGAGGCAGAGAGAUUCGGUUUCGUCGUACCGCAUAGUCGGAACUGGAACUCCAAGUGAAAGGAGAGGAUAUGAGAACAAUCAUAUCAUGAGAGAAACUUUUCAGUUAUCGUUGGUUUUUAUUUUAUUUUAUUUUUUUAUGG